AUGAAGUCUACUGUAGCAUCUUUGUUCCUGGCUUUGGCGGCCACUACAGCUGGUCUGCAAAUCACCUCUCCUGGCCAGGGCGAAUGUGUUGAUUUGAGUCAGGGCUUCCCUGUCAGGUGGACCUCUGUGGAUACCGAUCCCUCAACUCUCACUUUCCGCCUCACAAAUUACAACGGGGCAAGCCCGCCUAUUGAUGAACCCUACCCACCUAACCGGGCUGUUCUAGUCUCUACAUCCGAGGGAACACACUCCUUCCCAGGCGUGUCUAAUGAUGUCGCCCACGGAUUGGCCACUAUCAAUGACGGGUAA